UUGGUGAAAGACAAAAACAGUGGACACACACACACACUGGAUGGUGUAUUUUGGGAAAUCAACUAACGGACCUCGCGACAAACGGAAGACCAGCGUACAGUUAGGGAUUUCAACAUAGCCGCGUGCGUUAAAAACGAGCUCUGGUCAAGGUUGGACUCAAAGAAAGAAGAUCCAAACAUCAGCAGACAGACGGACCAGGACAAAACAAACCAUGAGUGGCUGAAUCAUUCACAGGCUAACCAGCCAUCAGUUGAGUUAGGUUGUGAUCUCUAAAUACGGCAACUAACCAACAGUUAGUCUGCCGAAGAUCCAUAUACUUUAUUCUUAACUGCCACUCAGUAUUUGUGUUCCUGUGGUAGUGUAGUGUUACACGAGCGGUGACCGUUAGACUAGCAAGUUAGCAAGCUAGCUGUAAGCUAACGUUAUCCUUAUUUCAACUGCUUGAGCUGUUGGAGGAGCUAAUAUCUACAGAAUGUAGCUUGGGCUACGAGACUGCAUUCGUUUCAUAUACAGUGUUUACUACAAGUUGCUCGUCAGUUUAGGAGUGGCCAUAAGAAUGUGAAGCGCAAUGGCCAACUUUGAAGCUUACCAGGAGUACCAGAGAAUUGAGGACUUUGAGGAGGACUCGCCACCAGGGGAGGACGAUUUACUGGUGCACGUGCCAGAAGGCCUAAAAGAAUCAUGGCACCAUAUCAAGAACCUGGAUAACUUCUUCAAAAGGAUCUAUCAUUUCCAUCAAAAGAAUGGCUUCGCUUGUAUGAUGAUAUCGGAGUUCUUCGAACUUAUUCAGUUAUUGUUUGUUGUCAUGUUCACAACGUUCCUCGUCAACUGUGUGGAGUACGAUGUCCUGUUUGCCAACCGAGUGGUCAACCACACCGGCCCGGGCCAGAACCCCUUGGACAGAAACAAGGUCACUCUUCCAGAUGCCAUCCUCCCCAGUGAGCAGUGCACUCAGAGGAUCCAAGAGAACAGUUGGAUCAUAUUCCUUCUCAUCAUGGCAGCCAUCUUCUGGCUCUAUCGACUUGUCAAAGUCUUUUGCAAUGUUCUUAGCUACUGGGAGAUCAGGCAGUUCUACAUCAAAGCCCUGAAGAUCAGAAUGGAUGAACUAUGCAACUUCACGUGGCAGGAAGUCCAGGACCGGCUCAUCAGCCUGCAGCGAGAGCAGCAAAUGUGCAUACACAAGAAAGAGCUGACUGAACUGGAUAUCUAUCACCGCAUCCUGCGGUUCAAGAACUACAUGGUGGCCAUGAUAAACAAAUCGCUGCUGCCGGUGCAGCUGCAGCUCCCCCUGCUGGGCAACGUGGUGUUCCUCACCCAGGGCCUCAAGUACAACUUUGAGCUCAUUCUCUUCUGGGGCCCCGGCUCUCUGUUUCAGAACAAGUGGAACCUGCACCCCAAGUACAAGCGGAACGGGAACCGCCUGGAGCUGGCGCAGCAGCUCAGUAGAGUCAUCCUGCUGAUGGGUUUGGCCAACUUGGUGCUGUGCCCCUUCAUCCUGGUGUGGCAGGUGCUCUACGCUUUCUUCAGCUAUACCGAAGUGAUCCGCAGAGAACCCGGAAGCCUGGGGGCGCGACGCUGGUCCCUGUUUGGGCGUUUAUACCUGCGGCACUUCAAUGAGCUGGACCACGAGCUGCAUGGGCGUUUAGGCCGGGGCUACAAACCCACGUCCAAGUACAUGAACUCCUUUACGUCGCCAGUGCUGACCGUGCUGGCUAAGAACUUGGCCUUCUUCUCGGGCUCAAUCCUGGCCGUGCUCAUUGCACUGACGGUGUAUGACGAGGAUGUUCUGACAGUGCAGCACAUUCUGACCGCGAUCACUGUGCUGGGAGUGGUCAUCACUAUCACCAGGUCCUUCAUCCCAGAUGAGCAUAUGGUGUGGUGUCCAGAGCAGCUGCUGCAGUGUAUGCUGGCACACAUUCACUACAUGCCAGACCACUGGAGGGGCAAUGCUAACAAGAGCGAGACCCGUGACGAGGUGGCGCAGCUGUUCCAGUACAAAGCGGUGUUCAUUUUGGAGGAGUUGCUCAGUCCAAUCGUCACGCCCUUCAUUCUCAUCUUCCACCUGAGGAAUAAGUCUCUAGAGAUCAUUGACUUCUUCAGGAACUUCACUGUCGAAGUGGUCGGAGUCGGAGACAUCUGUUCCUUUGCGCAGAUGGACAUUAGACGGCACGGAAACCCAACAUGGUUGUCAGAGGGCCAGACGGAGGCCUCCAUAUACCAACAAGCCGAAAAUGGCAAGACAGAGUUGUCACUUAUGCAUUUCACCAUUAAGAACCCGCGCUGGCAGCCGCCUCAGGAGAGCUCGGUGUUCAUCAGCCAUCUGAAGGAGAAGGUGCAGCACGAUGCACAGGGCGGGCCCUCCACCCAGCUGCUGCUCUCCGAGGCGCCGCUCUGCACUUCACUGCAGUCCAACGAGCCCUGCACCGGGCCUGAUAAUCUGUUGGCCAGCGUCCUGGCUCACCCAAUCCUCACCGCGUCUGGACUACAGGGGCGAGACCAUCGCUUCAUCCCGCCGAGCACCGCUGCUUCUGCUGCUGCCAGCGUCCUGGCCUCUCUGUCCACCUCUCAGCUCCCGCACAGCAGCCGCGGCCGCUCCCACGGCCUCCUGCACUCAUCCGUCCACCCCGAGAGCACCAUGUACCGCAGCGACCGCACCGUCAUCGACAGUAUGUCUAACAGUGACUCUCACAUCCGGAGCAAUACGCUGCAGUCAGAGUUUGCCUCAGCAGAGAUGAGUCUCCACGCCAUCUACAUGCAUGAGCUCCACCUGCAGACCUCCCACCCACAGAGAACUUCGGGGCAGUGGCAGAACCCAGUGCCAAUGAGAGAUCUGCACACAAAUGCUAGUUUCCAGGCUAACAGUGGCCUUGGCGCCAGCAUGUCCAUGCCCACCCCGGUCCACCUCGGUGGCUGGCAAGAGGAGGAAGAGGAGAAUGAAGAUGAUCAGGAGAUUAAUAAUGGAUCUACUCCAAAGCAGAACGCGGGGAGUAGUUGUUGAAGUGCCUUAUGUCAUAAGGUAUAUGCUCUCUUUUAAUCUCUGUCAUAUGACACACGUCUACGAUCUAUGCUUUGUGGUUCUGUUUCCUGUGUGUUGGUCGAACCCAACAACAAACAAUGGCCUUUUAUCCUGCAAGGGAUACAUCGCCAUGAUAAUUUCUCCUCUCUUUCUUUUACUUUUUUUUUUUUUUUUUAAUAAGUGUUUACAUUUUAUUUUCUUCUAUGAACAUUGUGGCCUUAGAUGAUCUUCAUGGAGAAUUUAGCAUGGACCUUUUUAAAGCAUUGCUCAGCGUUUUGUUUUCGGAGGGGCUCGUCGAGUAACCACUGUCUCUGCACCUCCGCGCCUCAUCCUGUCACAUCAAGGCAGACUAUGGCAUCAGGGAAACCAUACGUCUUCCGUCCGAUCCGUGUCGACUUUGUCACAAACGUGUACAGACAAACUUUAAAGUGUAAAGUGACGGAGGGGACACUGUGGUGUGUUCGUGGGAUCACUGUGUGAAAAGGAGUGCAAAAGGCUCAUCUCGACUUCUGCCGAGCCUUCAAGUGUUUGUGCAUUAGAAAGGUUCACUCACAGAGGGACGAUCGGUGCAAACUGUGUCGUAGCUGCCUGAGCAAUUGUGAAAAAGAUUAUUCAAUAUUUCAAGUUGUGCUGUUUGAACCCUGGUGAUUUGUAAAUACACUUUUGCAUCUUAGUUGUCCUUUUUAAAAGUCCACAUUUUUUACUACCAGAGCUUAUCCUUGAAAAUUAUACCAAGUAUUAAUUUGAUAAAGAGGAGCAGGAGUACAGGAGCAGAACUACUAAAACACCAUGUGUACCUGGCUAAAACAUGUCUUUAAUCCAGACACACACAUGCGUUGAUGCUGCUGUCUGUGUUUAGAGGUCCUAAAUACAGGUUUUUACUCAGUAUUACUGUUGGAGCUGAUUCAUUAUAAACGGGACUGAAAUCAUGGGCCCCAAAUACACUUGGCGUCAAAAUCCCAAUGCAGAUAUAAGAUGUCUUUUAAGUCUAUUGAAGCUGGACACAAAGUCAGCUUUAUGCCUUAACACCCAUUUAAUAACAUCCUAGCUUCCGUAUUACCUCAGUGGUGGUGAAGAAAAACUAUUACUCCAAUCAAUACCUCUGCAGUGGGAAUAUAUAUAUAUAUAUACAAUAUGGGGUUCUUUGCAAUGUGCAGAUGCAUCUUUUAACUGCAUUUUGAUUUUAAUGGCGUGUGUAACUGGACUCUGUUCCAUCUUCUGUUGUUAUUUCCUGCCCAGCAGAUGUUUUAAGUUGAGCGUUGAUGUCCCAGAAAAGGUGGGAAGGAAUCUUUUUUUUUUUUUUUUUUUUUAAUUUAAAGAACAAAAUAGGGGGAGUGUACCUGUUGCAAAUUGUUGUGCACUUUAGCCUUUUGUUUGCAUCCUUUUUUCCAAAACUCUCACAUGAUUUAAAAAAAAAAAAAAAGGAACUUUAUCAUAAGGGCUGAUUUGAAAGUUUUAGGGCAGCAGUUCCUCUCAGCGUUGGCUGGAUACUUUCAAAGUAAGAGCAUGAGGAGAGAAAAAAAGCCUUUCCACGGUCUGUAUCAUUUGUUAGCUUUAUUUAUUACCUGUGCCCCCAGAUAUUUAAGUGAUGUUUGUAUUUAUUUGGAAAAAAAUGAUUGUUUUGAGAAAUGAUUUACUUUCAGAAAUUAUUUUCAAUGAAAAAAAAAAAAAAUCUAAGUUCCCCCACAAAAAAUUGUAAAAAAAAAUGUUGCUUUUGAAAUUCUGAAAAAACGAUUUUAUGAAUGCAAAGAUAACAUGGCUAGCUGCAUGAUUUCUAAUGUGAUUCACACUUAAAAUGAAGUGGGACUAAAUCUGCUUGUCGAUUUGGUGCACAAAAACAAAUCUUUCCACCUAUUUUUUAUUGCAUUCUUCAUAGAACAGUAAUA